UCCAACCGUAUUUAUUCACAAUAAUCGUUAAAAUCAAUUGUAACACUUUGUGAAUACCCUCACUUCCGUGUCAAAUAUAUCGAAAUUUCUCUUCAAUUUAAUUUCCCGCGCAAAUGGCCUAACAGCUGUUCAGAUAUCUGUGGUUGACUGAGUUCUGUAGAGCUAACAUAAACAAAAGUUUGUUUUGCUUUAAAAAUUGCUUCUUACAGCAUUUUAAUUAAAAAGAACUUAAGGCCAAAAAGUGAUUAGAUAAGCAAAGUCAAUGUCAUGGCCUCUUUAACUGAGCAAAUGCUUAUUAAAAUGGGUCUGCGCGACGAGCCCAGCGCUCAAAGCAAAACUUUGGAAUUGUUGCGACUACUGGAGUUACGAUCUGCAAAUAUAACUUUACAGCUAAAUGAAUAUGCUAAGACUGUUAUUUGUGCUGAUAUUGCAACAUCAUUAUUAGAUAUAGCUAUAGAUAUGGAGCAAGCAGUCAAGCUAUCCACUUUACGUAAAUCUCAUUACACAAAGCAGAAACGUAUGAUUGAGAAGCUCCUAGAUUUGAAUAGGAUUGUGGGUGUAAAUGAUAUAUGCGUGCAACUAGGCAUGACUGAAGUUUCACAAAAGGCGAACGAAUUGCUGGAUCUAUACAAAACAGUAAUGGCAAAAGAAUGCGCUGGUGACGAAAAUGACUUUAUACAUCCCCAAUAUGCAGCAAUGGCAGUUUUUGUGGCAGCCAAAAUAUUAAAACAGAAAGUUUCCAAAGCAAAGAUAUUGAGCUUUAGUAAUUUGCGCCAAUCACAAUGGCAACAGCUAGAGUUACGCUGGAAUAAGUUUUUAGCUAAACACUAUAAGGAAACAGCACAUAAGAAGCAAAUAAUAUGCAUUGGGGAGUCGAAAGGUGAUAAUAAAAAAGCAGAAAGCUGCGUAGGAAUUAAACGCUCGACGGCUACUAUAGAAGAUUAUGAAAAGUGGAAGAGAAGAAUGUUGGCGAUGGCAGAGGAGAAACUGAGAAGUGAGCAAGAAGGAUGUAAAGACGGUGAAAGCGAUACGGAUAAAGAAAAUCUUAUUUUAGGAAUGUAGUUGGUAAAGAUUUAAAAUAAAAAUAUUUAUUAAUAAAGAAA